AUCCACAUAUAUAUAUAUAUAUGUGAAUAUAUAUAUAUAUAUAUACAUAUGUAAGAUUAUUUUUUAAAAUCUGAAACUAAAAAUUAUAUGAUUUAAAUUUAAAAUACAGCAUUUAUUCAUUUAUAAUAAUUUUCAAAUGACUUCAUAUUUAAACUGUAAAAAACACAUAAAUUAAAUUAAAUAAAUAAUAUUAUAUUUUUUUAAUUCUUUAUAAUUAAUUGACAUAAUAUAUUUGAAUAUAUGAUUUAUCUUUAAUAAAACCUCAAUGCGUAAAGAUAAUUUAUAGUAUUAGCUUUAAUAUUUGCAUAUUUUUAUUCUCUCUAUUCAAUAUUAUUAAAAUUUGGAUUAUAUAUAAAUUAAAAACUAUAAUUUUAUAUUUUUAUUGAUAUAAGACAUUGUGUUUUUUUUCUAAAUGGAAGCGUGAUUCCAAAACGGAAUCGUAAGCUUCUAAUGUGUUUUUAAAGAGAAUAUUUUAGAAGCGUUUUGAAAGUGAGAUUCCGUAAGCUUCCACAAGGUUCCGAUUCCGAUUCCGAUUCCGAAGCGGGAAGCGGACGUCCGAUGAAGCUUCCGUGCAACGUAGGGUGUAAUAGCACGUUUACGGAUUACAAAGAAUUUAUGGUCGAUAUCAUUAACGGAUUUGAACAUUGAAUCUCAAAGAUUUGUAGAUCCUUUCAAAUAUCAUGCAAGUAAUUCCUUCUUAUGUUCGUUUUUUCGUUAUUUCUUUAUUUCGGUUUUAAGUUUGGAUUUGGCUUUUUCAUGGAUCAAGAUUCUUCAAAAUGGAUGUGUAUCUUGAAUCCUACGCUUAUUAAGUCCAAAUCAUGUUCAUGCGUCAAUUUCUUUAUGUUUUGUUUUCUUAGGUCCUUUUGUUAGUAGUAAGAUUUGAGUCACGGGUGUCACGGUGUAUGAGUAAAUGUGAGCCAGCAUCUAUUAUAGAGGUUGUUGAAACCUCAAUCAACUUCAACACACGAUUAUUAGUAUGUCUCUCUCUCUCGACAUGCAAGUAACAAGUAUUGUAAGCAAAGAGAAGAAGAUGACACCGAGAAAUUUAACCAGUUCAGAACCUCAAAAUCAGCUACACCUAUGUCUAGGCCAGAGGUUCCGGCAAUCCACUAUAUGUUUAACCUCACCACCAACUUAGGCACAAACAGCUUUUAUCUCAAUGAUAAAAGGAAAAGAGAAAACAUUACAAAGAGUAUUAAAGUCACUCACGACUUCGAGCUUAUAUAAUGCUUAAGGAUAACUCCUAAUCCUAGUAGAACUUAUUUCUUUCCUUUAAUCACUAGGAAUUAAAUAGAUCUCUUAAUUCCUAAUGUAUUUUCACUUUUGGACCAAUUAUGUAAGUGCAAAAUGCAAACACAAUUAAAGUAAAACAAAAGAUAAACCAAGAGACAAAUCGAGAACUUAAGAAACCUGAAAAACAGAAACAUCAUAAAAGACAAGUUAUGCUCACCACUGAUGAUUUCGGGAACAGAUGUGAUACAAACCAGAGUGACUGAUUCCCAAUUCUGAGUUCGGAUACCUUUGAGCUCCUUAAUAACUAGCUGCAGCCUAUCAGUGGGAAGUUGCUUUUGCAUUGGAUGAAGUACAAAUAGAAAAUCAUAGAUGAUUAAAAAUGAUAAAACAAAGCAACCAAAUAGAAACCUAAUUGGAUCAUCUACCGUGAUCAGCAUACCACUGACAGACCAGUCUCACGAAGGCAUCGGGACCGAAUUCUUGUCAGCAUAUAUGAAAAAAUAUUUACCUUCCCAAUCUGGAAUCUUGAUGGGAGGCAUACUAACAAUCUGAGGAUUUCUAACGAGGUAAUUGAGAGCAAAUGUAGAAAAUGCUCAAAGAGCUUUAUUUAAACAGAAAUGGAGAUAGCUUAUUGAAGCUUUAUUGAACAAGAAGGCAAAAAAGGAAAGAACUUUAAGUUGUCACCAAGAUCAAAAUGAUUCUGAAAUGAUAUUCAUAAAGAUAAGGUUUUAGCUGCACAAACUAGGGCUGGGCACAAGGCGGGUACUUGUCAUUUUGCGUGUACUUGCGGCUUGAUUUGCCUUGUACGAGUAAUGAAGUUUUUGACUUGUACUUGACUUGUUAAAAACGGGUAUUUGCUAUUUCAAGCACUUGAUCAAAAAUAAAUUACUUGCAAGUUACUUGCAUUGCUCUAUUACUUACUAUUUACGAGUACUUGUGAACUAUUUACGAAUACUUGUGAACUAUUUACGAGUUUUUUGGAAUAUUUAAGAACUACUUACUAAAUAAUACUCUAUUAAAAAUAGAAAUAAUUUUUUUUUUUGUUUUUUCUACUUAAAAAUUUAGUUAUAUGACUUGUUAUUACAUGUUACUUGUUUAGAAAAGAAAUUUUUGUUAUCGUGAAAAUUAUACAAUGUUUAUAUAUCGAAAUAUGCGUAUAUAUUUUUUAUUUGUCUUUUUUGCGUAAUGCUUGACUAGAAGACAACGAGUAUUUAAAAAUCAAGAUGGAUACAAAACAAGUAACAAGUAUAAAGAGUAAUGAGUAUUUGUGUCUAAUCCUAAAUGCAAGUAAAAGAAAAGAUAAAUAUAAACAAGUAACUAAUAGAUCAUGUAACAAAUAGCAAGUAAUGGGUGGAGCAAGUAACGGGGCGUAACGAGUCAAGUACUAGAAAUAAUAAUGAUACUUGAUAUUUGAUUUGGUCUUGCAAGUAAUGAAAAUUUUCGACUUAUUACUUGCCUUGACAACACCGAGUACUUGAAUUUUCAAGGCGGGUACGAAUCAAGUAGCAAGUUUAAGGCGAGUAACGAGUAACAAUGCCCAGCCCUAGCACAAACUUCAGCCUUAGUUACCAAAAUAGAAAGACAGCAUUCAUAUAUAUAUGCACUAGAAAGAACCCUAAACAUAUGGGCUAUGACAUACUAUUGGGCUACUUAACAUUGGGUUGGGCUUGUCUUUAAUACCACCAUUCUCGCUCCCAGACGCCACUUUUAGACUACGAAGAAGAAACCCUAGAGUCUCUCUCCCAAAACUCUAACCAUGGCCGAGAUACUCGUACCGAAGGGCAUUUUGCGGGGCCACACGGACAUGGUCACCGCCAUCGGCGUAUCGAGCGAUAAAUGUGACAUCAUCGUCACGGCGUCACGCGAUAAAUCCAUCAUCCUCUGGGAUAUCAACAAGGGCGGCAAGUCUUACGGUGUUGCUCAGCGUAGGCUCACAGGCCAUGCUCACUUCGUUGAGGAUGUGAUUCUCUCAUGGAACGGUGGCCAUGCUCUCUCCGGAAGCUGUGACGGUGAGCUCCGUAUUUGGAAAUUAGACACUGGUGCCUCCGUUAGAUUCGUUGGACACACGGAUGAAGUACUCUCUGUUGAUAUGUCUGAUGACCAACGUACUAUCUUAUCCGCGUCUCGUGACUGUACGAUCAAGCUUUGGACCGUCGAUGGUGUCUGUAACUGCACGAUCUCUGAGCAAGACGGUGGUCACAAGGACUGUAUUAGCUGUGUUAGGUUUAUCCCUAACAGGGAUUAUGGGUUAAGCAUUGUUUCCGCUUCUUGGGAUGGCACCGUGAAAGUGUGGGAUGUCGACAACUUCUUUAACUGUAAGCUGAAUUACUCUCUCGUUGGACACUCAGCUUGCCGCGCCACUCUGGCUGUCAGUCCUAAUGGUCAACUAUGUGCCAGUGGUGGCGUAGACGGUGCUAUCUUGUUGUGGACUUUAGCUGACGGAAAUAAAGUUUGCUCGCUUGAGGAUAAUUCAAUUAUCCACUCGCUUUGCUUCUGCCCGAACAGAAACUGGCUGUGUGCUGCGACGGAGAACGGUAUAAAGAUUUGGGAUUUUGUGAGGAGGAUUAUUGUUGAGGAGCUGCAGGUUGACCUCAAGGCUGAGGCCGAGAAGUGUGAUGGUGGUGUCCGAACGGUGAAAUGGAGUGUAGAUGGGAGCACGUUGUUCAUUGCUUACACUGAUGGAGCUGUCAGGGUCUGGGGUAUUAAGGAACAGCGCAAAACUGAGUCUCUGUCUCAAGCUCUACCUUCAGCAACAAUCGACACAGGGAAAGGUGAUGACUAUAAUAUUGGAGCUCUGCCUCUGAAGGAGCAAACAGAGCAAAUCCAACAGCAGGAGAAGCCCCAGCGGUUCGAUCUAGACAAUCUCUUCAGUUUAAGCUCACUGGUUGAAAUCUAUAUUGAGAAAUCACUCCAACGCAUGUCUGUGCAAAAAAGGAAAGAACUUUAAGUUGUCACCAAGAUCAAAAUGAUUCUGAAAUGAUAUUCAUAAAGAUAAGGUUUUGGCUGCACAAACUUCAGCCUUAGUUACCAAGAUAGAAAGACAGCAUUCAUAUAUAUAUGCACUAGAAAGAACUUAAACAUAUGGGCUAUGACAUACUAUUGGGCUACUUAACAUUGGGUUGGGCUUAUCUUUAAUAGUAAUAUAUGAUUUUUUAGAGCA